AGGCGGAAACUCAUGCGGGCUGUAUAUAAGCAGUUAAACGUGGGGUUUUUGUAUCAAUGUGUCACCUUCCAAUGGUUCACUGUCUGACCGGGCGUCUGCGUGAGCGCACACAGAGCGUGCAGAGAUCGGAGAUCGGUGCUGGUGGUGUGCUGUAGACUUGACCGACAGUAAGCGAGAUGAAUCCACAGGCCCUGCAGCUGCCAGGCUGGGAAGAAACCCAUGCUGCCUCCACAGACUGCCACGACGCUGUCCGUUGUUCGCUGUGCUGCUGACCCGCAUGCCAAGACCCGUCACCCGGUGACGUAGAGCUGAGCCUCAUCCAACAAACAAACAAACAAACAAACAAACAAAAAGACUUGGCCUAUUAGAAAUAAAGCUGCACAAAGACUUGCAAAGAUUUUGUGAAUGGAUCUGAAGCAAAGGAACAACACUGAAGAAACAGAACACACGGAGCUGAAGUGAUGGCUGGACUCUCCCCAACCCGCGGCGUCACUGGGCUGCUGUGAGCAGAGCAGCGCGCUGCCGUUUCGCAUCGUAACGGAACCCAGAGGAGCCUCCGUAGAUGAGGAGACUGACCGAAGCUUUCGAUCAGUGAGGUGAAUGUUGAUGACACCAUUGAAAUGUUACCAAAAUCAAGAAGAGCUCUCACUAUUCAAGAGAUUGCUGCAUUAGCGCGAUCCUCCCUGCAUGGUAUUUCCCAGGUAGUGAAGGACCAUGUGACAAAGCCUACAGCCAUGGCGCAGGGCAGAGUAGCCCAUCUGAUUGAGUGGAAAGGGUGGUGUAAGCCUAUAGACACCCCAGCAGCUCUGGAAUCUGACUUCAACUCUUACUCCGACCUGACGGAGGGCGAACAGGAGGCUCGCUUUGCUGCCGGUGUGGCCGAGCAGUUUGCCAUUGCAGAGGCUAAGCUGAGGGCCUGGUCCUCUGUGGAUGGCGACGAAUCCAAUGAUGACUCGUAUGAUGAAGACUUUUGUCCUGCCAGCGAGCCCGCCACGCAGAGCACAGAUGUGCCAUCAUAUCCUCCCUACUUGAAGGACCUGAUCCACAACCAGCUCUGCCAACACCUGGGCCUGAGGGGGCCAUCUUCUGAGGGUGGUGGAGGAGGCGGAGAGGGAGGUGGCAGUGGUGAGCCCUCACCCACAGCAGGUUCCCCAGACACCCUGGGCUCUAGCCUCUGCAGCCUCGAUGACCACCAUCUGCUGCUGCGUGACCUGGGCGGCCACCGUGGCACACACUCCCACAGCAACAUUGCUGAGCUUGCUGCAAAGAUCCUGUCGGCACUGCAGGGAGGGGAGGAGCUGCUGGCCCGACUUCAGAGGGUGGGGCAGAGCGGCCCCGGAGGGGGGGACUGUGGCUUUCACAGCUUGGGCGGAGGAGGGCGGGGCAUCAGACCCUCUAGGGAUCAGGACUCCCCUUGCUACUCUGUGUCUUACUCUGAGACAUACCUGUCACCCGGCGAGGAUGAUGACACCCCCUGCAAGGACUAUGAGAACACAGUGUGCCAGGUGGAGGGGAACGCGGUGGAGUACCCGCCCAAUUAUGACCCACGUAGGAGGGUCUCUGACGUGGCCUCCUCUGGAGUGGUGUCCCUGGAUGAGGAGGAUGAAGAGGAGGAGGAGAGGCCAGUAGAGCCAAACAACCAGUGACUCCUCUCUUCUUACCUCAGUGUUUAAUCCCUCCAAAUCUUUUGAGGAUUUUCUUUUUUCCAACAGCUCUCCACCAUGGCAUCUGAGAAGUUUUAACAUCAACACUCCUCUGACUGAAGUAUAAACCAUCCGUCUUUGCCUUACUUGCAGCAUUUCAGCUCCUCCUCUCCACCUUGUAACUUUUUUUUUUCUCCCCAUUUGUUUUAUCAACUGUUUUCUCUGAAAGCGUCCAAACAAUCUUUUUAGUAGUAUGAGAACAGGAGUGUUUGACAGCUGUCCAACAAGUUAACCAUGGGUAUGACGCCCAGUUUCCAGCUCCGUUCCUACCUGGCAGACAGAAUGACUGAGUUCUAACUCUGACUUAUCUUUGCAUGUGUUUUGCAAGUGCUGAAAUUAAUGGGCUGACCUGGUCUUGAGCACGGUUUGUAAUCUUAGCUGUUCUGUAUAACCCUCGGCCAUCUACACAGCGCGUCCCAUGGGAGGGCAGGUUGACACUGCAUCCUGGGACCUGCCCUCCCCACCUGCACCCCUUCUCCUCCUUUGCAAGAGACAAAAUAGCAUCCUUUGGGGCAUGGCUUGCUGAGUAUGCCAAACAAUUUAACCCUGUCACAAGCAAUUAUGAGCAAAUGCUGGAAUGUUUUAAAAGUGACAGGAUUCAGUAUGUAAUUUAAAAUAAAGUUAAAAAAGACUUGUCACAGAUGAUAUGACAGGAAUGAUAUGCUUUUAUUGUACUAGUUUUCUAUCACUCCAACAUGUUGUUGUUCAUAUUAUUCCCAACAUCAUUAUGAUGGAAAUCUGCCAUAAUGAUCAAAUAAAGCUACUGGAUAUUUUUGGGAUUUUGUGGAUUCCUGCAUGGAAGACAUGAGGACUUUGGUUGUCCUAAAAAAAAAAAA